AUGAGUUACACAGCGUUCGUUAUCUUCUUCGAGCUCGGGUCGUGGGAAACAUCCAUCCCAAUAUAUUCAUGGAAGAAAUUCGGCUACGACGCGUUCGAAGCAGGAAACUUCAUCGGACUCAUCGGAUUGGGGACAGUUUUUCUUGUGGCAACAAUGCCGGCAUUGGCUCACAAGAUUCAGGAUCGACUUUGGCUGGCAGCUGGGUGCUUUUUAGGUUUGGCAGGGAUUGUUGCAAAUUAUAUCCUGCUUGGAGGGAACAGUGGACACAUGAACUUUCCAUCCUACGCAGCACAGUGGUUCGUGGUUUGUCUUGGGUUUAACACUGCUUCCAGCAUCACACUCUCACUUCUCUCCAAGAACCUGGGAAACAAAUCCUCGGACAGGGCUGCUAUUGCCGUUCAACUCUCGAAUUAUAGCGGAAGGCUGCUUGGGGCGAUUUGGGGCACCGCUGCUGAUAUGGUUGGAGACCGUGGUGUAGCACUUGGCCAGCUCCUGGUUGCCACUGUUGCAAUGGUGGGGAUAAUUGCUAUGUGGAGGUUUCUUCGAGCACAACGUGGCUAA